UCUAACGCUAAGUGAAGCCUUGUCAAAAAGCACCAAAAAGUAAAUUUUAAUUAAAACAGAAUAUUAGUAAAUACUGUUACUGUACAGGCAAAAAAGUGAUAUAGUUAAUCUAAAAGAUAAGUUUUGUGUGAUUCAAGGCUGUAACUGCUUCAAAGAUCUUCGCAAAAGAUGUUUGACGAUAGACGAGGGGGUCGUGGCGGACGUGGGGGUGGCCCGAGAGGGCGCGGUGGCGGUCGCGGAGGUAUGGGUUCCAGAGGAGAUCGAUCUGAAGACAGAUCUGGAGGCAGCCGGUUUGGUGGCCGAGGCCGAGACUCCAGCCGAGGCGGACGUGGAGGAAGCCGAGGCGGACGCGACAGUCGAGACGGUCGAGACGACUUCCGAGGAAAGUUCAAAAAUGAUCAACCCGGUGGCGCCCUGCGCAAAAUUCGCUGGGAAGGCGUUACACUUACUCCAUUCCAAAAGAACUUUUAUGUGCCCCACCCUAACGUUCAGAUGCGACCGAUGUCCGAGGUCGAAGCUUAUCGUAGCCAACACCAGAUCACCGUCAACGGGCGCGACGUUCCAGCUCCGAGCAUUUAUUUCGAGGAGGGUGGUUUUCCCGAUUAUGCUAUGAAGGAAAUUCUUAAACAAGGCUUUCCAAACCCGACUCCCAUCCAAGCUCAGGGUUGGCCGAUAGCUUUAUCUGGACGGGACAUGGUUGGAAUAGCUCAGACCGGGUCAGGGAAGACCUUGGCAUACAUAUUGCCAGCGAUUGUUCAUAUCAUAAACCAGCCGAGACUUUUGAGAGAUGAAGGCCCAAUUGUCCUUGUCUUAGCGCCAACACGAGAACUUGCGCAGCAAAUUCAGCAGGUGGCAACCGACUUUGGUCAGAAUGUGGCAGUUCGUAACACAUGCAUCUUUGGUGGAGCACCGAAAGGCCCUCAGGGUAGGACCCUGGAGAGAGGGGUGGAGAUAGUCAUUGCAACACCUGGAAGACUUAUUGACUUCUUGGAGAAAGAUACUACAAAUCUUCGCCGAUGCACAUACUUAGUCCUGGACGAGGCAGACCGGAUGUUGGACAUGGGUUUCGAGCCACAGAUCAGAAAGAUCAUCGAGCAGAUCAGACCCGACAGACAAGUUCUCAUGUGGUCAGCGACCUGGCCGAAAGAGGUACAGAACCUUGCGGAGGAGUUUCUCCACGACUACAUCCAGAUCAACAUCGGUUCACUCUCCCUGUCUGCCAAUCACAAUAUCCUGCAAAUCGUUGAUGUGUGUGAAGAAUGGGAGAAGAACGACAAACUGAUCACACUGCUGACAGAAAUAUCAUCGGAGGAGGAAACCAAGACAAUUAUUUUCGCAGAGACCAAGAGAAAGGUGGAUGAAAUAACAAAGAGCAUAAACCGUGCGGGCUGGCGCGCGCUCGCCAUUCACGGCGACAAAAACCAGCAGGACCGCGACUACGUGCUGCAGCAGUUCCGCAACUCCAGAGCCGGCGUGCUCGUCGCCACCGACGUCGCGGCGCGCGGGCUCGACGUGGAGGACGUGAAGUUUGUGAUAAACUACGACUAUCCGAACAACUCUGAAGACUACGUGCAUCGCAUCGGUCGUACGGGCCGGUCGCAGAACACCGGCACGGCGUAUACGCUGUUCACGCCUAACAACUCUGCCAAGGCGAAGGACCUGAUGUCCGUGUUGCAGGAAGCCAACCAAGUCGUAAACCCUAAGCUAUUGGAGUUGGCGCAAUGUGGCAUGGGAUUCAAAGGAAAGUAUGGUCGCGGGCGAUUCCGUGAUCGCGAUGACGACGGCGGUCGCGGGGGGAGGGGGCGUGGCCGCGGACGCGGGGGCAGUUCAAGAUGGGACAACUCGUCCAACGGCGACAGCGGCGGCUUCGGUCAAGGCUACCGACAGGACUACAACAGUCGGCCGAACUAUCGCGAAGGGGGCUUCAACAGGGACAGAGAGGGGGGAGGCAGCUUCCGAGGCCGAGGUGGCAGUAGAGGCGCCUCGCGCGGCAGUCGAGGCGGACAGGGAUUCAGCCAGGGCUCAUCCAGCUACGGCCAAGGCCAGGGGUACAGCCAGCCCGCCACCCCGGCGUUCACCCCCGCCCCCAGUAGCUACUACAAUAUGUAUUCCCAACCGCCCCCACAAUAAAAAGUAAACAAAAUUAACUAAAUAAAUAAAUAAAUGAAACAACUCGUAUGUAAGUAAUUUUAACUACCCGUUUGCGGUUUAAAAUGUCAAGAGUUUUUUUUUGUCUCUAUUAAAUAUAUUACGACUAAAAAGUUUUAUUCUUUUACUACUUAAUUUUUCAAUGAUUAACACGCUAAGGCCGUCUCUCAACAAGAGGUUAAAAGACGCGUUUAACUAAGUGACGCAAUUUUUUUUAAAUGUCAAAUUUAUGAUAUCAGUUUAUGGUAAACCCUCAACUUUAUGAAAAGUAAUUUGUUGUUCAAAAGCUUUCCUUUAUCUAUCUUUGUUGCCACCCAUUAAUUAACAACCCAAAAUGAUUAUGUUAUUUUGCGUUGUUUUCAGACAUACAUAUAUUAUAUUGGAUAGAAGCAGGCGUUACUUUGCGGAAAUCCUUGAUAUAUUGUGAAAAUAAAGCUUUAUUUGCUCUACUCCGUGAGAAG